AUGGUGGAUGAUUUUUCUGUUGUGUCCUUGAAGAGAUGGCUGCUAAUCAAUGCAGACUUGGAGGAUUUUAUCACUAAGUUUGGAGACUCAGGUUUUGUUUUAGUUGCCCUGGGCUCCAUAGCAAGCAGGUAUCAGACCAAAUUUAUUAAGGAGAUGAACUUUGCUUGCCUCCCUAAUGGGGUGCUGUGGACAUGUAAGGAUGCUCAUUGGCCCAAAGAUGUCUGAAUGGCCCCAAAUGUCAAAAUCAUGGAUUGGCUUCCACAGACAGACCUUCUGGCUCAUCCUAGCAUUCAGCUUUUUGUUGCCCAUGGGGAACUGAGUGCAUCAAUCAUGGAGGCCAUCCAGCAUGGAGGGCCCAUGGUGGGGAUUCCCAUUUUUGGAGACCAAUAUGAAAACAUGGUCAGAGUGGAAGCCAAGAAAAUUGGUGUUUCUGUUCAGCUACAGACACUCAAGGCAGAGACAUUUACGCUUACAUUGAAAGAAGUCAUAGAAGAUAAGAGGUACAAGUCUGCAGCAAUGGCUGCCAGGGCAUCCCACCCCCUAAAACCUUCUCAGCGUCUGGUGGGCUGGAUUGACCGCAUUCUACAAAAGGGAGGAGCACAUCUAAAGCCCCAUGGCUUUCAACAGCCAUGGCAUGUGCAGAACCUGAUGGAUGUCCUACUGUUUUUGUUCGGGCUCACUCUGAGUACCUUCUGGCUAUUGAAGAAAGUUCUGGGCUUGUUGCUUAGGUCCCUGCGUGUGACUAGGAAGGGAAAGAAGGUAUAAUGUUAAGUUUGAUCUGGCAGGGGGAGGGGGGAAACUGGGAACUCUAGCUUUCAAAGGCUUCCCCCUUCCCUAACACAAGGCACUCCCAGGA